AUGGCUGACACUGCUCCCGCUGCCAAUGGCGGCUCCGUCGACACUCUCAAAGGCAACGCCCAGGCUGCCUACGACCAGAUCGCCAAUGGCCCUGUCGCCCAGAAUGUCCGUGACCAGUCCGCAAAGACGAGCUCCGAGUUUUCCAACCUCGCAGCCGCCCGCCAGACUCCCUCGCAACCUGCUGCCACUGGACAGCCCUUGACUCACUACCACAGCUUCUUCUCCGAGCUGCUGUCGUGGAACAACCCCCGUGCCUCUGGUAUCGCUUUCGCCUCGGUCGUAUCCUUCAUCUUCGCGGUUAGAUACCUCGAUGUUAUCCGAUACGCCUUCAAGCUCACCUGGAUGGCCCUGGGUGUCACCAUCCUCGCCGAGGUUGCUGGAAAGACCAUCCUUAGCAACGGUCUGGCUAGCCAGCUGCGACCUCGCAAGUACUACACCAUCCCCCGCGACACCCUCGAUGCUCUGAUCGGCGAUGUGCAUGAGCUUGUCAACUUCUUUGUCAUUGAGGCACAGCGAGUUUUCUUUGCUGAGAACGUCUGGGCAUCUACUGCUGUUGCUCUCUCUGCAUUCCUCUCGUACUACCUGGUCAAGAUUGUUCCCUACUGGGGCCUGGCUCUCAUCGCAACCACCAUCACCUUCUUUGCCCCUCUCAUUUACACCUCCAACCAGGAGCUGAUUGACCACCACCUGAAGCAGGCCUCGGAUGUGGUUAACUCUCAGACCGAGCAACUGCGCAGCGUUGCCAGCAAGCACACUGCCCAGGCCACCGAGAUCACCAAGCAGUACGUCGGUGACUACACUGCCAAGGCUCAGGACAUGAUCCGUGGCCGUACUGCUUCUCCCGAGGCCCCUGUCAAGCCGGCACCUCAGGAGACCGACUUCCCCGCUGCUCCUCAGGGCGAUUUCGCCAAGCACGAGGAGCCCGUCCUGGAGAAGAAGGAGCCCGUCAAGGCCGAGGAGGAGCCGCUCAUCGCUGCCUAA